AUGCGGUUUCUAGUAUUCGCUCUCGCAUUUACUGCCUGCAGCGCAGCCACGCUAUCUCUCGAGGCCCGAGAUUCCGCGAUCACCCCGCCGACUACCAAUGUGUCCGUCUCGGGUACUAACGACACUUCGUUAUCAGAGUUUUGUGGACCCUCUGGAAACAGUAUCGAAGAGGACACACAUGCACUUAAAAUAGCCCCUAAACACACAAAUCAGCCUACGGGGCACAGACACUUGCCCAGAUGCGUUCAUGUCACCAUGCCGAACGGCGGCUUUCACACGGCGGCAGAUGGUAAAUCGUCAACUCUAGGAACCGGGCACGUUUCGACCGCCGCGCUCGCUGUAGCCAUCGCGGCUCUUGUCAUAUUGCCGUCAAGGGGUAGUCAGCCGGAGAGAAGGGAAGUUCAGUCUGACGUUUCGGCAAACAAGCUCCCUAUCCGAUCCACGAGUAGUGGACGGACUUUGCUCUCUGCUUUGGGGAUAUCUUCAAACCUCUGUGAACAGCGCAAUCGGUUAGGGGACGACGGGUAUAAUAGCCACGGCUAG